AUGGUUUUAGCUGAUUUGGGAGAGAGACUUAGAGGUGCGCUCUCAUCGGUAGACAAUGGUACUGAAGAUGAGAUUCAGCAAAUGCUCAAGGAUAUUUGCACUGCUUUAUUAGAAAGUGAUAUCAAUGUCAAGCUUGUUGCGAAAUUGAGGGGCAAUAUAAGAGACAAGAUCGAACAGGAGAAAGUUACCAAAGAGACGUCAUCUCAGAACAAGCGAAAGAAAUUACAAAAGAUCAUAUAUGAUGAACUAUGUGCCUUGGUGGAUUCGCACGAGGAACCACCAAAACCCAAGAAAUUAUCAUCUACUACGAAAACCAUCAAGGGUAAAAAAGUGCGAGUUUCAAAAGAGAGCAGCCACGUGAUUAUGCUUGUUGGGCUUCAAGGUGCUGGUAAAACCACUUCAUGUACCAAAUUGGCCGUUUAUUAUAAAAAGAGAGGGUUUAAGGUUGGUUUAGUUUGUGCAGAUACGUUUAGAGCUGGUGCUUUUGACCAAUUGAAACAGAAUGCAAUCAAGGCGAACAUUCCCUAUUAUGGGUCAUACUUGGAGCCCGAUCCAGUCAAGAUUGCUUAUGAGGGUGUACAAAAGUUUAAACAAGAGAAAUUCGAUAUUAUAAUAGUGGACACAUCGGGUAGACAUCGACAAGAAGAUCAAUUGUUCACCGAAAUGGUACAAAUUGGCGAUAUGAUACAGCCUACGCAAACAAUCAUGGUGAUGGAUGGUUCAAUAGGACAAGCUGCAGAAUCGCAAGCUCGCGCGUUCAAGGAAAGCUCGAAUUUUGGGUCAAUCAUUCUAACGAAAAUGGACGGCCAUGCAAAAGGAGGUGGUGCGAUUAGUGGUGCAGCAGCAGCAAAGACACCAAUAGCGUUUGUGGGAACAGGUGAACAUACUGGAGAUUUCGAGGUGUUUAAUCCAAAGUCAUUUAUAUCGAAAUUAUUGGGUAUUGGUGAUAUUCAAUCGCUUAUCGAACAUGUGCAGUCGCUUAAUUUGCAUCAAGAUGAAGGUCAUAAGCAGACUAUUGAGCAUAUCAAGGAGGGUAAAUUCACAUUGAAAGACUUUCAAAAUCAAAUGAACAACUUUAUGAAAAUGGGACCUCUCACGAACAUUGCAUCAAUGAUUCCUGGUAUGUCCAGUAUAAUGUCCCAAGUGGGCGAAGAAGAAACAUCAAAUAAAAUCAGAAACAUGAUCUUCAUUAUGGACUCUAUGACGACAAAGGAAUUGGAGAGUGAUGGUAGAAUUUUUAUCAAGGAGCCUAGUAGAAUCAUUAGAGUUGCCAGAGGUUCCGGAUGCAGUGCAGUUGAAGUGGAAAUGAUCUUGCAGCAACAUCGAAUGAUGUCGACAAUGGCUAAAUCCGCUAUGGCAGCUCAAGCGGGCCAGCCAGGUCAAGCUGGAGGACCAUUUGGAAAUAACCCACAAAUGCAAAGAAUGAUGCAACAAGCGCAGUCUAACCCUAACUUUAUGGAACAAGCAAUGAGAAUGAUGGGUGGUGCUGGAGGCCCUGGAGGUGCCGGAGGAUUGAGUGGUAUGAUGAAUAACCCAGCAAUGAUGCAACAGGCACAGCAGUUAAUGAGAAGUAACCCGGGAAUGAUGCAACAGGCUCAAAAUAUGAUGAAAAAUCCCUCGAUGAUGCAGCAAAUGAUGAAGCAAUUUGGAGGUAUGGGAGGAAUGUAG